AUGGAUGUUGCUAUUGCUUCUCGAUCCCCGAAAAGGAUAGAGUAUGAACUAUUCACUGGUAAAUGUCCUGUUGCUGCGGAGAACUUCCUCAAACUCUGCACGGGUGAAAACGUUGUGCCCCCUGUAUCUAGUACCACUGGUUUGAGUGAUCCUUCGUUUCGCGAUCAAUUUCUCCCGCAACUCACCUACAAGAAUUCCACCUUCCACCGAGUGCACAAGGGGUAUUUGAUUCAAGGAGGCGAUAUAGUAAGCGGAAAAGGAACUGAGCAACUUUCUAUCUAUGGUGAGACAUUUGAUGCCCCAGAUGAGGUGAGUUCUUCCGUGUUUGAUAAGCGUGGACUCGUUGGCACGGCUGUCAGCGCUCCGCACUUGAAUGGAUCGCAGUUCUUUAUCCUCACAGCGAAAGAGGCACCGCACCUGAAUGGAACUUGUAUUUGUUUUGGACGUGUUGUAAAUGGGUUUGAUGUUGUUGAGGAGAUUGAGCGUGUACCACUCUCUCCUUCCGGCUUUCCAUCAGAGAGAAUUACCAUCGUGGAUUGUGGGAAACUGCGAUGA